CAGAUAACAUGGCACAGCCAAAUGAAGUCCUGAAACAAGAGAUACAAAAAGCUCUAACAUAUGACUAUGUCUUUUACUCGUUACUGUGCCUCGUAUUCUAUGAAUACGUAAUAACCCUGGACCUGGAGAUAGAGGCAGUGUGGAGAAAGAAGUUUACGGUCGCCUCACUGCUGUUAUUGAGCAUCCGAUGGCUCAUGCUCCUGGGCCCAAUCAUGCCGGCUGUGCCUGCUUAUACGCAAACUUGGUGUAAAUCAGGUUAUAUACUGGGAAUGCUUGUGUUCUUGACAGUUACAUUCCUAAUUUCAGUAUUCUCUGCUCUGCGCAUAUUCGCACUCUGGAGACGCUCGAGGAUGUGGUAUGUAUUUCCUGCAGUCGUGUUCGUGCUAGGGACUAUCCCAGUUGGAACAAACCUCUUCAUUUGGAUACGCAGCUCAGUCGAGUACACGAAGACUUCGCAGGAUGUUGGAUGCACCUCUUUAGCCAACAUACCCAUGAAGCUAAACACAGAGUUCGUUAUUCUUACAAGAUGCAGUGCAAUCGCCUCUGACAUCGUCGUCCUUGUGUUGACAUGGGUCAAAUCCUUUGUGCACUGGCGGGAGAUGCGGCGGCUCGGCCUUACUUCGUCUAUUUCUGGCGUGCUACUCAGAGACGGUACCUUCUAUUUUCUUGCACUUCUAGGCAUGAGCGUCCUGGAGCUUCUGACCUACUCCACCAAAUUCAUGUACAGGUCCGAGGGCACCUAUGCGACCAUCUUUCUCCAGUUCUUGCCUCCGCUGUUGGUGCAGCGUUUCAUCCUCAACCUCUCCCGGCUCAGCCACACCGCCGAGAUCUGUGGGACUAGCACCAGCGAGCAGCACCCCUCGCUUACCCCUUUAAGCUUCAGGGUGUCCUCCGAUUUCCUUGGGAAUAUUGGGGAGCCUCUGAAUCAUAGCCAGUCAGAGCAGGUUGAAGAUAGCGACGACAUUCACUGCGCAGCGGAGGAGCGGCAAGAACGAAUCGAAGCGGGCUCUGCACGGUUUGCGAGCCCGGCGACCAUACGCCGAGAGAAACUGACGAGUGCCGGCGUUGCGCCAGUUUUGCUAUCCCUCGAAAGCGCCAGCGAAGAGAGCGACGUCGGCUCGUCCGCUUUCCUGUACGGAAAGGCCAUUGGACCUUUUACGGCUGCAGAUUAGCAGGUUUCGAUACACGGUUACGUCAUGAAUGCAUGACCAUCAGUGAUCGCCAACUGCUGUGUUACUCGACGCUAGCAUCGAAAGGGACAGACAUUCAUCGUAUCAACAUUCGCUCCAAUUUCGCCUCUGUUAUUUAUAUUCCUCUCAGAAUUUUGCCAAUUGCGAAUCACACAGCACGUUCCUAGUAGCGCGGUGGUAUAAA